AUGGGCCAAUGGUUCGACAUGGACAGUGACGCCGAGCGCCUCCCCUCUGGCUUUGAGCGCAUAGGCCAUGACGCCGACACGCAAACUUACACCUUUCGCGACGCAGACGGUAUUAUGUACGAGUCGGAGCCUGGAAAUCGUUACGGCGAACUGCAUCGUGUCGAUUCGCCAUCGUCAUCGCAAUCUUCGCGGUCCGCGUCUAUCCACCUUCUCGACAACCGCAGCGGGCCGUCCUCGCGCACUUUUGAUGAAAUGUUCAACGAUCAUCAAGACAUGAUAAGCAAGGACAACAGGGAGACGGUGCGUAUGAUGUUGCCAUUUGCGCUCAUAGGCUUGGUCUUUUUGAUCCUGGUGUUCAAACUCUUGUAUACAGGUGAUGCCGAGUCGCUAACUCACCCCAAAGGGUCACUCGAUUGCCAUCAAGGCAGUCAUGAAGUUCAAAUUAAACAAGCAGAUACGUGCUGGGCUAUUGCCCAAACUAGUCCCCUCACUGUGGAAGAAAUGCUAGAGUUGCAGUGCAACGCACAUGUGGAUCGCGACCAAUUGGUGCUAGGCAAGGGCAUUUGCGUGCCCGCGUAG